AUGCCUUCCGAUAAUGUGGAGAAGAAGCGCAAGCGCGCAUCAGACCGCCACGAGCGUCCCACAAAAAAGCCCGCUUUGGAGCUACAAGCCCUUCCUCCUCUGGCAGCCAGCGUUGUCGAAGACAAGAGCGAGCUUGCACCGGUUAUUGCUACCACUCCUGGAGUCCUAAAUGCGAAAUCCCUUCGCUGGGACGCAUAUGUCAAGACUCGCGAUAAUGCCAGUUCUUCAGGAGUCGCCCGAAACCCUGGCAUUGUCUCCUCCGAGAUCCUGCUGCAGUCUUCUGAUCACGAGAAAAUGGAUUUUGUUGGCCGUGAGGGCACAGGAGACGAUACAGACUCGCAAUUGAAGCACUAUGUUGCCGUUGUGGACCCGGAGCGCAAGACAUGGCAGAUUGUGGAGGCACGACGAGUGACCCUCAGAGGUGCUGUCCGCAGUUACAGGAACGCUUCUGACGAUGAAGAUUCUGAGGAGGAGAUGAACACCAUGCGGGCCCAACGCACGGCAUUGACCAACACAUUCGGUACAAAGCAGUCUCGCAAGGCAGUCCAAUCUAUGGCCGAGAAUGCCAAGCUGUCCAACGCCCCAGUCGGUGCUGUCCCCGAAGCCGGUGCUGCGCUUAUCUCCUCUUUGCCAGCGGGUGCCGCUUCCGGUCUGGUCAAGAUGGCAAAUGUACAGGCUGAAGUUCAAGCAGCGAAGCCCUUGCCUAUUCCCGAUCUCACUGCUGCUCAUCCCGCCGAUGUCUACACGAUCGAAUCUUUAGUUCCGGGUGGACACUCGACACUUCGUCUAUUGACUGGUAUCGAGGAGUGGAAGCAGCAGGUUGAGGCCGGCAUGGGGGUGACCACUGGAUCUCGAUUCGUUGCCAGCCGCGUGGAAGCAGUAGUGCUUUCUGGAAACCAGACCCAGCUGCAAGUUCUUCGGUUCAUCCAGCUGCUGCUUGAAUUCGCGCGCUGCCUUAAAAGUGGAAGGGGUGACAAGAGCUCUGGCCCCGGCAGCAAGAAAUUGCCUCCCCGUGAAGACCUUCGCAAGAUUCUGUCUAGUACAUCUGGAGCCGUUUCUAAGGAUUCCAAGAAUACCGAGGCUGAGUCGGUAGAUCUCCUUUCAGACUCUGUGGUUGAUGCUGUGCGUCGCCGCUUCGCUCCAAACGGAGCCUACAUGACCAAGCAUGAACAGACUCUCCUCCACACCACCAUCUGUGCCCUAUCGCUGCACAUUCCCCCGCAACCAGCCAAGGAUGGUGGAUCCAGUUCCCUCGGUGGCAACUCACCCAAUGAACUGGCUACAGACCCUUCAAAUCUACGUGACGAUCUGCACAUUGAGUCAAAUACCAUGAUCCAGUACUUCCGCGAGCUGGGCUGCAAGAUUGACAAGCCCCGCGAAACAGAGCACAAAAAAUGGAACAUCAAGGGUGGAAAGGCCGAGGCUAAUGCGCGCCGGAUUGCCCGUCUGCGUAUUCCUGUUGAAUUCCCCAAGGUCAGCCGUGGGGCACGGAAGUAA